AUGGCCCAAUCCGUCGCUCCCGGUGACAUCAUCACGCAGCCCGGCACGAAGAUCGUGUUCAACGCCCCGUACGAUGACAAGCACACCUACCACAUCAAGGUGAUCAACUCUGGAGGACGUCGCAUCGGAUGGGCCUUCAAGACCACCAACAUGAAGCGUCUUGGUGUCGACCCGGCCUGCGGUGUCCUCGACCCCAAGGAGCAGGUUCUGGUGGCCGUGUCGUGCGACUCGUUCCAGUUCGGUGCUGAGGACACGAACAACGACCGUGUGACGAUCGAGUGGACGAACACCCCCGACGGUGCCGCCAAGCAGUUCCGCCGCGAGUGGUUCCAGGGAGACGGCAUGGUCCGCCGCAAGAACCUCCCCAUCGAGUACAACCCC